ACGCCGCACUACACACUUGCGUGGACUUCCUCCAAGUUGAGCACAACUUCAACAGCGCAGCGCACUUCUCCCCUUCUUACCCUCAGCUCCGUGUAAAUGAAGUUAGCGUGCUGUUGGUGAAGCUAAAUGCUAACGCGCCGACCGCUAGCGGUUGAACAACGGAUCUAUAGAAGCGACGUUCCGGAAGUCUGUGGCCAGUCAAUGGUCACAAUAUUACUCCUUCUUUUUUUAUUUGAACAUUGUCACUUAAUUUUAAGCUUACUUGCCCUUUUCCUUAUUAGUUAUUUAUUUUUAAAAGAGUAGUAACGCUGUACCUUUAGCUAACGUUAGCUCCUAGCCUUGUAUCGACGUCAGUGUACCGACGUCAGUGUACCGUUAGCCGUUAGCUAACACCCCACCUCACGUGGCUGAGACGCCCUGACUCCUCCAGGUGAUGCAACGAGGAGGUCUCACCAGCCUUUCUCCAGCAAAGACAGAAAACCUGGUGGAGUUGGUUUGGAAGCAGAGGUAGUGCUGACCAGAGGCGUGAGCUGUGAAGAUUUGGUUUGUGUGGGUAAAGCAGCAAGCCUUCACCAUCUUUAAGUUUACCAUCACAUACUCAUGUUUGCGUGACCCUGGCUUCGUGAUAAACCUGAGAGCAGUACCUCAUGGUUUGGGUCUCUGAUUGUCACACUGACGCCAAAGUGGGGGGAGUGGCUGAAUGUCUUGAUAUCCCAAGGCUCCAACAAGAAAUAACCUAAAGGACUCACCAGUCACCAGCGUGUCUUCAGGAAUCUCCUCGAUGAUGCAUUUUUCCUCCUGCUCACCGAGAUCAAAAUACAUGGCUGCAGCCAACAUCAGACUCCCCGUUCAGAUGCUGGCUAGUGAAAACUCGACAUUGGCCCGGGCUACACGAUACUCACAGAUGGCUAGUGAAAUUUCCAUCCCUGAUUGCUACGCUCGCUACCUCACCAUGACGACAACCAGGUCCCCUACGAGACUCUGAACAAACGCUUCAGAGCAGCUCAGAAGAACAUCGACCGGGAGACGAGUCACGUGACGAUGGUGGUGGCGGAGCUGGAGAAGACCCUGAGCAGCUUCCCCGUGGUCGACUCUGUGGUGUCACUGCUGGAUGGAGUGGUGGAGAAACUCAGCGCCCUGAAGAGGAAGGCUGCGGAGUCCAUCCAAGCAGAGGACGAAAGUGCCAAGCUGUGCAAGCGUCGCAUUGAGCACUUGAAGGAGCACAGCAGCGACCAGCCGGCCUCCGUCAACCUGUGGAAGAAGAAGCGCAUGGACCGCAUGAUGGUGGAGCAUCUGCUGCGCUGUGGCUACUACAACACAGCUGUUAAACUGGCCAGACAGAGCGGUAUAGAGGAUCUGGUGAACAUUGAAAUGUUCCUCACAGCGAAGGAGGUGGAGGAGUCUCUGGAGAGGCAGGAGACGGCCACCUGUCUAGCCUGGUGCCACGACAACAAGUCUCGCCUCCGCAAGAUGAAGAGUUGUCUGGAGUUCAGUCUGAGAAUCCAGGAGUUCAUUGAGCUCAUCAGACAAAACAAACGCAUGGAUGCCGUCAGACAUGCAAGGAAACACUUCAGCCAAGCAGAGGGUGGACAGUUGGAUGAGGUUCGGCAGGUGAUGGGGAUGCUGGCCUUCCCAUCAGAUACACACAUCUCUCCAUACAAGGAUCUUUUGGAUCCAGCUCGCUGGAAGAUGCUGAUCCAGCAGUUCCGGUAUGACAACUACAGACUGCACCAGCUGGGAAACAACUCUGUGUUCACCAUAACCCUACAGGCUGGUCUGUCUGCCAUCAAGACACCUCAGUGCUACAAGGAGGACGGUACCUCAAAGAACCCAGACUGCCCCGUGUGCAGUAAAUCUCUAAACAAGUUGGCCCAGCCGCUCCCCAUGGCCCACUGUGCCAACUCCAGACUAGUGUGCAAGAUCUCUGGGGAGGUCAUGAAUGAAAACAACCCUCCGAUGAUGCUUCCUAAUGGAUACGUGUACGGUUACAAUUCACUUCUGUCCAUCCGCCAAGACGACAAAGUGGUGUGUCCCAGAACCAAAGAAGUCUUCAACUUCUCUCAGGCGGAGAAGGUCUACAUCAUGUGAUCACUCAGACGACCCUGUACCGAGUGUUAACGUGAUUGAAUGCAGUCGUCCAUCGCCUGUGACCUGCCCUACUCAGAGAGCCACUUGUGGAGCUGUGAUCUAGUGCCCUUCUACCCCCCACAGACACACCCAAAAUACCCUACAACCCCCCCUCCUCAUCCUCCUCCCAAAUACACGAUUGAUUCCUUUCCUGCCACUCUUUCCCUCCGAAAUCCUCAUCACACAGAAACUGGGCUCUACUCCUUUCGGACUGUUUUAGCUGGGCUAGGAGUUGAUCGAUCGAUCGAUUCAUUCAUUCAAGCACAUGGACUAUCAAUAUUGUCAUUAUCUUACAAGCCUUCACUCUGAAGAUUAGAGACUAGGGGAAAAAAGGACUGAGGGGCUGAAAAGCUUCUAGGUAGAUGUUUGAUUUUAAAACAAAAAAAAUAAAAUCUUGAUGAGGUUACUUUGCCUUUUUCCUUUUACUAGUCGUGUUCCUUUGUUACUUAAACGACGUGGAAGGACUGUGUUAACUCCCUACAUUACGCAGAUUUACAUGAGGUUUGGGCUUUUCUUUUUUAUAAUAAACAUGGCUGCCUGGUCUCAUAGUAGCAUCUAAUUACGUGAUGCAUGCUGUGUUCUUCUAGCCAUGUGCUCUUUGGUGGAUUGUUGAGGGCAUAUGUUAAAUGCCUCCCUUAAAACUGCCCUGCUAACAUUUUUGCAUUUCACCUCCUCGGCUGUGAAAGUGGAGGUUGAUUGGGCUGCGGUAUAGGCUCCCUUUCAAAUGUAAAUAUUAGAUAGGAAUUGGUCAUCCUCGUGUAAAUUCAGGGGGGGUGGGGACAAGUAACCCCUACAAAGAUUGUUGUGUGAAGAGAACAAGUCUUUCCUUGGCCGUUGAUAACCCGACAGCCCUGCAGUGUCCUCAAGUUAACUGGUAGUUCGGUAUAACGUAUUUCUGAGGAAGCUGAUACACAACUAAUGGUAGAAAAAAACACCAUGAUUAAUUAAUUAUGGUGUUUUUUCUACCAUGAUGAAAAACACGCCCUAACCCUAUUUAAACAAGACAACAAUCUCUGAUGUUUUUUUUUUUUAAUGAACAGAUUGUCUUCCUUUCAUGUUUGUGUUUGCCCUUUUCAGCUCUACUCAAACAAUUUCAGUUGUUUUCUUCAGCCAAAAGAAUGAGCAAAUGUCAGUGAACUUUUUACAUAGAAUAUUUACUCUUUUUAAAGAUUAAACUAGUUGUUUAGUUAAUUUAACCAUAACCAGAUGGUUUGAGCUUCUCAAUUAAACAGUUUUAUUUUAAAUGUCAUAUUUUUUAUUUCAUUCGUUAUUUUUCAUGACAAUUUUUCCAACAAAGGAAAAAGAUAAAAGACUGUAGAUAUUUUUCUCCUCUGCAUAUGUUAAAGCUGCUUGUGGCGCCAACUCUACAGGCUUUACUUGGUAUAAAAGUACACCAAGUUUAUCAACAGUUCAUGUACAAUUGUUCCUUUUUUAUUCAUUAAGAGGCAGGGUGUGGGGGGUUGAUUAAACCACCCUGCCCCUUCUUGCAAACUUAAAAGGGUAAACUCUUUCUUUCAGUCAUGUGAAAGCAUGACUCCUCCUUUAAGACUUUCUCCAGAUGGACCGGGAACAGAACUUCAUGUACACAAAUCUGAAAUGUGGAUUAAUAGGACAUGGACGUUGACUUCAGUGUCAACUAAUGCUAAGUUACUCUUAGUUUGUGAAACUAUAUCUCUAAACAUCCACACAAAACAAUCCAAAAAUGCAGUUUUAUGUUAAAGGUGAUCAGUCUCGUGGUCAAUCAUUUCUUCCAUUUGUUGUUUAUUGACAGACCAAAAGAUGCCUCAUUUGUGUCCAUUAAUAGUUUGGAACUGUACCUGUAAAGACACAGACUGUCCUGUGUGUUUGUGUUGCUAGACUAGAUAAAGGGAUUGUUUCAUGAGCAAUAUGCCUCAUAAAGAUUUCAGUGAC